UAAGAUUGAAUUAGCCAGAUUAGUUUGGAUGGUCCAAUCUAGAUAAAAUUCAAAUAAAUCUCGGAUAGAUAAACCACUUUUCCUUUUGUGUUAUGUGGGCUUUACUCAAUAUAAAAGGAUUCAACUGUUGCAACGACUGUAACAGAAUUCAAUUACUAAGAGAGAAGCAACAAGUUUCAGUUCAUCUUCAAGAAUCAAAACAAGAAAAGUUAAGAAGAUGGAAGAAAACAACAAAUGGAAAAAUCUACCAGUUGAUAUAUUGGAACAGAUUAUAAAGUGUUUACCCCUUAGAGAAUAUCUUGCAGUGAAUGCAAUAUUAGGAGACAAUUAUAGUAGAAUAUCAGAUUCUAAUGACAUUCCAAAUCAGUUUUGCCUCCCUUUAUCUGAACCUCCACAAGUUUUACUACGAAAUGAAGUUUCUGCUUGGUUUUUCAGCUUGAGUACAUUAACUAUGCAUCACCCCAAAACAAAACUGUUAGAGAGUAGUCAAUUAUGUCAUGGGUCAUUUGAAGAAUGGUUGAUUGUGUGUGACUAUACUGUAGAUGAAGGUUCUGCCACAGUUUUCUUCUUGAAUCCAGUAACUAAUGCUAGAAUCAUGAUACCAUCAAAGUUAUACUUUCCAUCCAGUGACUUAUUUGUGGCCAAAGUAGUGACCUCUUCCAAACCAGGUUCAGAUCGUUAUUUGGCUUGUCUUUUGGAUAAUUUUUGUCAGAUUGCAAUUUAUAGACCCUUUGAUAAGUCAUGGGCUAUAAUUGAGUUACAUAAGAAUUCAGAUUUUUGUUUUAAGGAUUUGGAAAUUGUUGAUACCAAAUUGUAUGUAAUAACUGACAAAACCUCACAUUCCAUAUUAUUGAUUUAUGAUCUCAAAGACUCCACUAAUGGACCUCCAGAGGGUGAAUUCUUGGCUUUGGUUCCAAAAUUAAGGCCAGUAGAGUCAAGUAUAACCGAUAACCGCUGUAACACUAUCAAUGACACUCUACCUUUUCUAGCCAAAGAUGAAGCAUUAGGAGAGUUAUACUUGAUUUACAUGAUAUGUAACGUGGAGUACGCACUUAAUUUCAACUUUGGUUCAAUAUUUGUUAAGCCACCUGAGGCUACAAACAUUGAGGUGUUCAAACUGGACAUGAACAAGGACCCUAUUGGGUGGCAGAAGGUGAGGUUGGAUGAUAGAGUGGCUUUUGUUAGCAAUUGCAAGAGCGUGAUAAUUUCAAGGGAUAAACUCCAUUGCAAUCAAGAGUUAAUUGGAAGGAAUAGCAUCUAUUUUGGUUUUAAUUUUCCAUGUUCUGGGGAUUCACAGUCAGGUUUGAGGUUGGGGGUGUUUUGUUUGAAUGAUAGAAGCAUCAAAUACUUUCCUGUGGAUACAUCAAAGGAUUGUCCUAUGCCUCAUCCUAUCUGGAUUGUACCAAGUUUAUUGUAAUUCCACCUAUGUUGACACUUAAGUAUGUUUGAUUGCAUGCCAAAAGUGGAAGUGUUCCAACCACAGCAUUACCUGCUACCUUUUUUUGUUUCCCUUUCUCUUUAAGGACCUCUAGUUCAUUGUACAGAAUUCUUUUUCUUUCUUUACCGGAUUCAGUGUUGAUAGUUUGCUAAACAAAGAAUUUAGUUAAUGCUAGGAUGUGUAAAUAAUCAAAGCAUUGCUAAUGUCAAGUAUAUUUUUGCAGGUUCUUUCUUAUGCUUUCA